UUUUUGUUAUUUUUAUAAAUCAUUUAAAAAAAUAUGUUUUAAAUUUACAAUUACAACAAAGGUUCUGUUAACUAAUUUCGACUAGAGUGUUUAGAAAUGCCCUAGCAACAAUUUAUACAAGAAUUUAAGCAAAGUUUUGCUCCGCCUCACAUAUGUUAACAAACGUGUAUAACUGCACUUCUAACUUGUAGCAACGUGUUUAGGUAUGAACGAAAUACCAACUCCUUUAGCAGCAACAUCGGGUACUUCAGUCAACAAUAUGGAUCGUAGACACUCUUCAAACUCUUUGUUUUCAUUGAGCAACAUUGCUACGGAACCACCAAUGCUGACACCCGAAGAAGAGGAAACAGAGAAAAAACAUUUAGAAAAGAUUGUAGCAGCUCUAAGGUUAUAUCGCAAAUUUUCUCUAUCAAGAGUAAAUAAAACAGAAUGGAAUUUAAAUCAAUUACCGAAAAGACAUCAGAAAAUGUUGACAAAAUAUCGUCAACACUUGAACACUUUAAGAGAUUGUAUAGACAAAAAUCAAGAAGUUAUCAGUGAAAUGCUGAGUGAAAAUCCUUUAAGAGAUGCCUCCAUGAGCAGUAAUAGAAAAUCGGAUGAACAUGCAGCAAAAAUACGGCACAUUGAUAUGGAAAACUCUGAUGAGAAUGUUGAACAUUUUCACAUUUUAAAGGCCCAAUCCACACUGAAAGCCAUUGCCCGUGACUGGAGCGAGGAAGAGGCUGAAGAGCGCAAACAAUCGUAUCAACCGAUUAUCGAAGCCAUUGAACAUUAUUUCGACCCUAAGGAGUGCAAUGUGGAGCAAGUGAAAAUUUUAGUUCCUGGCUGUGGUUUGGGUAGAUUGUCCUACGAGCUGGCUUGUCGAGGUUACGAGUGCGAGGCCAAUGAGUUCUCCUACUUUAUGUUGAUAGCCUCUAACUUUGUCUUGAACAAUUGCUCUCGUGAGAACAUGUACACUUUACAUCCUUGGGUACAUCAACAUGACAACAAUUUACGUCGAGCUGAUCAAGUGGCUGCUGUACGUUUUCCCGAUGUUUGCCCUUUAAAGAACAGACCAACUGGUAUACUAUCCGUGGUAGCCGGAGAUUUUCUGGAGGUUUACAAAACACCUGAUACGUAUAAUUGUGUGGCCACUUGUUUUUUUAUAGACUGCGCUAAUAAUGUGGUAGACUUUAUAGAAACUAUUUAUGACAUCUUAGUUCCUGGUGGUAUUUGGAUCAAUUUGGGACCUCUUCUAUACCACUUUAGUGAUAUACAAAAUGAGGAAAGUAUUGAGCCUACAUUUGAGGACAUUAUGGUGGUAAUCACUGGUGUGGGAUUUGAGGUUUUAAGUUCAAAAACCGGAGUACGCACAAAAUAUGCCCAGAAUCCUCAAUCCAUGUUAAAGAGCGAGUAUGAAAGUCUAUUUUGGAUAUGCCGCAAACCUUUGCACAUACCGGGCAAUGAUGAUGUUAAUGAAAAUGAUGAUGAGGUGGAUGAUCAUGGAAAUGGUUAUAGCUUUCCGGGUGGUUUUCAGGGUUCAUUUCCCUUGAAGUAGGAAAACCAUUCUUUUUAGAAAAGGGCUUCAAAUGAUGAAUUAUUUUUCAUUUCCUGAUGUAUGUUAUGUGAAUUUUUCAUUUAAUUUUUUUAUUUUCUUCUUAUUUUUAAUGUUAACUUGAUUUUUAACGACUUCCAAAGAAAUGUAUUGGAAAUCAUGUUGUUAAUAAGACAAAUGAAUUUUUAAUUUUAGAUGCAACUAGAAUAAGUAAUAAAAAAUUUAUAUAAAUAAAGACUUUAUAUUAAAAAAGAGCACAUGUAAAAAUA